GUAUAUGAUAUAUAUAUAUAUAUAUAUAUAUAUAUAUAUAUAUUAUAAUGAUGUAUAUGUAUGUGUAUACACACAUGAGUAUACACACACAUUCGUAAACGUACAUAUAUCGUUAAUAUAUAAUAUAUAUAUAUAUAUAUAUAUAUAUAUAUAUAUAUAUAUAUAUAUAUAUAUAUAUAUAUAUAUAUAUAUAUAUAUAAUAUAUAAUAUUAUAAAUAUGUACACAUAUAAUGUAUAUGUAUACGUUAAUGCGAUAUUAGAAUGUGUCUCUAGUCUCUUCUCCUUUUUUGUUCGCGAUCGUUGAACAUAAUAUGCAUGUUUGAUCUUGAAUGAUGGUAAGUUUAAGGAUUUGUAAGCAGUGUGUAUAUGUAAGCACUCUUACAUAUUUAUUCUCUAUAAAUUUUUGAAGUGAAAAUAAUUUAAUCGAGAUCAAGCGCUACGAUUCGCUUUACUCGAGAUCGUUUAUUCGUAUCAUAAAGUUGAUUUUUUUCUCAUACGUGUGUCUAUAAGAAACAUAAUCUCAUAUAAAAUUAUUUAUGUGUUUUGCGUCAUUUCCUUUCUUUCUUUUAUUAAGUUAUUAAUCUUUAAAAUAAAAAAUAUAAACUGAAAAUUAUUUUUAUUUUACACAUGCUAAGAAUAGUCCGGAGAAAAAAUUUAUAUAACAAAAAAUAUAAAUAACUAUAUUUAAAAUAUAUUAUAUAAAAUAUGUGUUUUCCUCUUGUAGAAUCUCUGUCUAUAUGCAUAGAAAAAAUAAUAAUAAAAAAUAAAUUUUGCAUUGUUUUUCUUUUUUUUAUGAAAAGAUGAAAUUUGAAGAAGUGAAAGAGAGAGGAAACAAAUUGUCUAUAUAUAAUUAUAUACAUAUACGAUCAAUUUUUUCAUUAAAGAAGCAAUCUCUUUAAUUAUUCUUAUUUUUUUUCUGUAGGUACAGAUAUAAGAGAUACAAGAGAAAGAAAACAUACACAUAUAAAUUUUUCUUGCGAGAGUGUAAAUGUACGGAGAAUAUAUUGUAAAAUUAGAUGUUGUUAUCUCAGAAAAAUAAUGAUAUGAUAUGUGAAAAAUAAAUAUGUAAAAAUUUAUAAAGUAAAAAAUUAUAACAAUAUUAUACAAAUGAUAUAAAUUAAAUUUAUAUAUACACUAUGUUAUUAUUGUGGUAUUUAUAUGUGCAUACAUACUAGUAGAUUUAUAUUUUAAGCAAAUGAGUUACUCACUUCUUGUUUAUAAUAUACUUGUCUUGUUCUCUCUGUGCUUGUUUUAUUCUUUGUAAUACUUUAUUAAAUCUAAUUAUAAAGUUUUUUGAGCAGUGGUUUUUGAUGUAUUCUCGAGGAUUCUCGACUGUUCAUUGAAAAUUUUUCGUUUGCCAUAAGCGGCGGAUGCAGCGCCUACCAGCAAGGAUGUGCAUUCCAUGAAAUGUAUUCUUUCGACGAGUGCGUUGCGUUUUCUCUCCAAUGAGGCGUUUCUUUUUUCAUAGCUCUUUAGCAUUUGCUUCCAAUAACUCAUUUUAUUAGAUUUAUUAAUUUCAUUCGCAGAUUUAUUUACAUCGAUAUUAUUUAUUGCAGCAGCUACUGGCCUUUUCGAGAAAUCAGCCAUCAUUUAUACAAAAAUUUUGAUAAAACAUUGAAACCAGGUUAAUGAAUGAAUAACUAACAUCUUGAAAUAUGCCACUAACAUCGAAAAUAAAACUUGAUAAUUCGUCGAGUUUCAAAUUUCAUGUUGUCGCAACCAUGAUGCAACUGGAUAUUCAGAAUUGGCAUUAAAAAUGACAUAAUAAAAAAUCAUGUAAAAAUGGCUCGACUUUAUCGAGACUUGUCGCUGGUCAUUGUCCCUUUGAGAGCAUACUACCAUCUAUAUUACGCCAUUAUUACUUCAGAUUAAGUUAAAUUCAGAUUAGAAACGAUGGAAAUGACAUACGAUGGAAAAUAUAUCGCUACGCACGAUCCUCUUGGGAUUCCAACCAUUGGGAUUCCAUCAAAACAAAACAUUGUACUAAUGAGUCGUGAUCCAUCGACGGAUUCGUUAUCUAAAAUGCAAUUUUGUCCUGCAUAUCGUUUUUGUAAGGAAUUAAAAAAACCUUACAUAUUUGGCGAUCAUGAUCAACAAAUCGCGGCACUGCAUUUACUACAAGCAAUUAAGGAAUCAGCAAUAAGACUAAUACAGUUGAUUGUAAACGAUAUAGAAGAGCGGUGGAAGAGAGAUCCAAAAUUCCAAAGGCGCUAUCCCGAAUCCAGGCGAUACGAGAGGAGUGAUCAACAACGUGAUGAAUCAAAAUUAAUCCUUGCAACCACACCUUCCUCGGUUUGUGCACUUUGUGGCGUUGCGCUUCACUUAAAAAAUCCAUCGAAAAAAUCGGAAAAGUUGGAUAGAAAAAGAAAGGACUAUCAUAAUCGCAAUCGUAAUAUCAUGAUGAAAACGUUUAAUAAUGUGAUUUUUAAAAUGGCCCAAUAUAAAGCUACUUUAUCUACUGAACAAGUAAAAGGACAACGAGAAAUUAUUUCGAAAACUCAGUCGAUUGAUACAAUUGAGAGCGAAAUAAAAUCAAAGUUAUUGUUCUUACGACAAAUUUCUUCUGAUAGAACCACUUGUCAAAUAUGUCGUGCUGAAUCUCAACAAAGACAUGACAAUAUAACUCAAAUGUUAAAACAUAUUGACAGUGGAUACAAGUAUAAUGUCAGCAAGAUAUCAAAAUCAACAAAAUUAACAGAACAAAAUUCGAAAAUUUACAUAUCACCUACAAUUUCCUCUACUCAAGAUGCUUCGACGUUUACUAACGAAAUGUUCUGUCCAUGCGCGUGUGGAUUGCUUGUGAAAGAUGAAACUAGAAGCGAGGUCUCCAUCAUAUCAUUGCCUAUACUGAAAGAAAAUCUUAUUAAAACUAAACUGGAAGAAUUGAGUUUUUAUUUGAGUUCAAAUCAGACAUUGCAUUCGAAGAUGUAUGAUGAUAUGCAAAAGUUAAAAAAAGAUGUAAAUAUUGAUCGUUGGAGGAAAGAAGUUAUACAACUACAUCUGCAAACGCAAGUUGAAGAGUUACAAAAAAAUAUUCAAUUUUUCAAACAAGAGAAUAAAUAUAUUCGGCAGCUUAUAGAAAAAUGUCGCUGUUCAUUGAAAACAAAAUUUUGGCAAGAAUUACUACCAAUCACGAUCUCCUAUUCCGGAUUCACGUCGGCGAUAAGAAGCUUACUAGCAAAAUAUUACAAUAUAAUAGUAACUACAUUAACCGAGAUAUUUCGAGGCUUAAUAAAUAUUCAGCAAAUUGCAGGUAGAUUUUUAACACCAUAUAUAGAGCAUUGGCAUCGACAUUCAAGCAGCAUGAUAGCGACAUCCGCUUUAAGAGAUGAAAGUUCUUUUGGAGUCAUCGAGUCACCGAGUAGUAGUCAAUAUUUUAUUUAUUAGACUAUUUUUAGGUAAGAUAAAUCACAAACAACACACAUUAUUAACAUGAAUAUA